CGGCCUGUUCAUCCUCCUCUCUGUGACAUGGUUCUUGGUGUGCGCGCGCUUUCUCUGAUGGGAGCAUGAUCUCCCUCUGUGUGGAUGUCCUCUUGGGUCGUGUUCUUCCUUUAUAUGUUAUGCUUUGUGUAGAUCUAUGCAUCUGCAACACAAUCAGCACCCCUCUCCCUUCUCCAUAGGCUUUAAGGUGCAGGUGAAGGUGAGCCCCCGGCCUGCGGCUUUAAUCCUCUCUCUGCUGCCCUCCUCCCCUUUUGAUCCAUGAAAGCACGCACCAUCACCUUUCUUUUCCCCUCUUUCUAAUCUCCCUUUCCUCACCAUCAUCCUUUUUAUCCCCUCCUCACCUCACCUCCCCCUUCCUUUCUCAUAGCUUUUCUUCUCUCUCCUUGUUGCCUCGCAUCAAAAGAGGAGAGCAGCAGCCAUGUCCUGGUGAUGUGUGGCAGUACCACAACCCUACAACAGCACAAGCAAAGUUGUGUUUUUUGUGUGUGGUGGGGCUAGGGCUGGUGAAGCCAAUGGAGGAGAUGCUGAUGGGAGCACCAAGCUCGAACCAGCAGGUGCAAGGCUCAAAUCCGAAUCCACCGGCGCAGGCCCCGUCGUCGGCGCCUGGGGCUGGAGGCCCCAUGAGGGGCGGGACGCCGGCCAUGGCAGUGGCAGCCUCCGGGGUUGGAGCGGGUAGCACGGAGCGGCGGCCGCGGCCGCAGAAGGAGAAGGCGAUCAACUGUCCCCGGUGCAACUCCACCAACACCAAGUUCUGCUACUACAACAACUACAGCCUCCAGCAGCCGCGCUACUUCUGCAAGACGUGCCGCCGGUACUGGACGGAAGGCGGGUCGCUGCGCAACGUCCCCGUCGGCGGCGGCUCCCGCAAGAACAAGCGCUCUUCGUCGUCGUCCGCGUCAGCGAGCGCCUCAGCGGCUGCCUCGGCGACUGCGUCCGUCGCGAACUCGUCCAUGCUCGGGGCGGCGCCGAACAAGAACCCGAAGCUGGCGCACGAGGGCGCAGCGCACGACCUGAACCUCGCGUUCCCGCACCACCAAGGCGGGAUGCAGGCGCAGGCGGACUACAUGGCGUUCCCGAGCCUGGAGAGCAGCAGCAUGUGCAACCCGGGCGGCGGCGGAAUGGCGGCCAAUGGCGCCCGUGCCGGUGGCGCGCUCUCCGCGAUGGAGCUGCUCCGGAGCACCGGCUGCUAUAUGCCGCUGCAGAUGCCGAUGCAGAUGCCCGGGGAGUACGGCGCCGCGGGGUUCUCGCUCGGGGAGUUCCGCGCGCCGGCGCCACCGCAGUCGCAGAGCUUGCUAGGCUUCUCGCUGGACGCGCACGGUUCGGUGGGCGGGGCUUCCAUGGCGGGGUACGGCUCCGGUGCCGGGAUGCAAGGGAUGCAGGACAGGUCGGGCAGGUUGCUGUUCGCGUUCGAGGACUUGAAGCCGACGGCAAACUCUGGCGCCGGUGGCGGUGAGAGCGGUGGUGGUUCUGGCGCAGGCGUGGAUGGCGGCGACCAUCAGUUCGAGCAAGGCAACAAGGAGCAACAAGGCAACGGCACCCCCGUUGGGCAGCCCGACACGCCGGGGUUCUGGAACGGCAUGAUCGGCGGCGGCGGCACCUGGUAACGUGGACGGCGGCGCCCAUGCAUGCAUAGUUCAUCGUCGGCUGUGCGUGCAUGCAUGCGCUUCCAAGCUGCAGCUGGAGAUAGGGCACAAAGGUUUAAUAAGAUGGUGGAUAUGGUGUUUGAUAUCUUUCUUUCUUUCUUUCUUUCUGGUGUUCUUGUUCUUCUUCUUCUUCUUCCUUGGAAUUGUGCUCUAGCCGUUUAUUUGUGUUUGGUGAUCGACUUGGGGGCUAGCUAGCUCUAACACAUCAGACUAUCAGAGUAUACAGCAUUUUAAUCUCUGUUGAUCGGUGCCAUGGAUGCUACCAUAUGCUAGCCCAUGUGAAGCUUAUUUUUAGGCUGGCUUGGAGUUAGCUAGCUAGGCCUCGGUACAUACCACCUAUCCAGUACGUACAUGGCGCAUGUGGUGGUGCGGUUUCUCUGGUUUGCAGGGCCAACUUUAGGAGACCUGUAGGAGUGGGGAGAGGACCGAGCUACAGUGUGUUUGGUGGUAACAACAAUGCACUGCAUGCAUGCACGGUGUUCCAGCUUUGUAGAUGCAGAUCGUUUGGGGACCGAUGGCUUCCAAGUUUGUAGUGGUAGCAUGUAACUUUGUACUUAUAUUAUUUGUUACUUAUGUUACAUACAAUGAGUACAAGUACCAUCAUCUUGGUUUUCAUAUACAAUUACAAAUUCCUCUUCAUUAU